AUGAAAAACAACGAUCAGUUGUUCCUUCGUCCUUUGUUCAACGAUGUUAAGACUGCUGACAUAAUGAUUCGCGUCGACAACAUCCAUUUUUAUGCUCACACCUGCGUGUUAUAUGUCACAACCGGAUUCUGGAAUCGCUACUUUAGGCACAUAAAACUUCGGCGAUUGACAAUGUUAAGAUGCAAAGAAGAACAGAAUGUCGAUGAUCUCGGUGACGAAGCGCUUGAAGAAGGAAUGCUGAAGCAUGAUUAUAGUUGUUCGAAAACAAAAUCAAUUACAGGACUAUCUCACUACAGAGGAGAUCCAGAAACCGAAUUAAAAUACACUUUUGAGGAUUUUGGUAUUUUUUUAAAAUUCCUGUAUGGAUACCCGGUGGAAGGUGUGAACGAGCAUAAAUUGUUCACGCUUGCUUAUCUGGCAUCCAAGAAAAAGUUUGAUGUUCCCGAAUUGCUAAGCCUUUGCGAUAAACUUUUACACGAAACGUGGGAAAGUCGGCGUUGGCGAGUUGCCAUGAAGGCAUCAAAGUGGCUAGGAUUAAAUAAAUUGAGAUGCCAGGUCUUGAAAUAUGUGUAUACCAAGGGUGAAUCGAUGUUCGCAAAACACAUAGUCAAAGAACUUGACGAACAUGAUUGGAAAGUUAUAUCCAUCAUUUUGGACAAGGAAGAUCCUUGCCUCAUGGAUUUUGAUGAAAUUUGUAGUAGAGAAAUAAGUUUUGGGAGUGACGACCCGAAGGACGAAAUGGUGGAAAAUACGAUGGAUCGCGACGAAUCAAAAAACGAAAUAAUGGAGGAUAUGAUGGAUCGCGACGACUCAAAAAACGAAAUAAUGGAGGAUGUGAUGGAUCGCGACGACUCAAAAAACGAAAUAAUGGAGGAUAUGAUGGAUCGCGACGACUCGAAAAACGAAAUAACGGAAGAUGCAAUGGAUCGCGACGACUCGAAAAACGAAAUAGCGGAAAAUGCGAUGGAUCGCGACGACUCGGAAAUAAAAACAAUGGAAAACUCUGGUGAAACGAUAUGGAUGGGUGGGGUUCAACAAGAUGGAGUGAUCGAUGAUGACUACUCAAAAGACAGGAAUGGUGGGGAAUUGGAGAUGAAUGGUGUUCAACAGGGCUGGACCACUGACCUUGACGUUCCAGAAAGCAAAAUGAUAGAAGGCAGAGAAAUAGGAGGAACAAAUAUUGAAGAUGGCGAAACUACGGAGGCUGAUGUUGAUUUUCCGCGAGAAGGGAUAAUUGAUGAUGAUAAUUUAGAGGGUGAAGCAAUAGAAGACGGAGAAGAAGUAGAGAUGGAUAUGUAUGAAAAGGAAUACGAAGAACGUGGUGACAUAGAAGACAGUAAGCAGGGAAGAAGGGUUCACUGGGAUCAGGAUAUCACUGGUAGUUAG